AUGUCAAACCAACCCGCACCAACUCGACCUUGGUUUCGAUUGACAUCCAUAUCAAGGUCACCACCCCAAGAACCCGCUCCAGCUCCGCCACGACCAGCCACUCUUGGACCUGCAUUCAGGCCUCCACCAACUCUAGCUACUCAACCGAAUGCCGCUGCUUCACCACCAGCAGCUGGUGGUGUUUCUUCGGUUACAACAUCCCCUGUUGGUAGAGCUUCUCAACCUUCUUCGCCAGCCGAUAAAAAACCUACAACUUCCACAAUGGCUCCUGCUACUGCCAAGACUUCUUCAGUGUCUGGUUCCCUAGUGAAGACUGUGUCAACUACUUCUCCAGCCAAGCCAACCACCACGGAAAUUUCUCCUGCCAAGAAUGCCCCAACUACAACACCAGUUACAAGUUCCCUAACCCAAAAAUCUGCCUCCCCUGUGACUACCACGUCUCGAAUGCCUAGCCCCAAAGCAUCAACAACAACUGCAGUCAAACCUGCAAUCCAAAAUCAAAUUCAAUCACCGAAGACCGAACUGCCAACUGCUCGACCAACUUCUCCUUUAACUCUCCCACUUUCCCAGAUGAAAGCUCAAGCAGAGCGUGAAAAAAAGAUCCCUGCUGAGGCCGACCAAAAGACCGUGCUCGUUCAAAAGAUGAUUGACAAGCCAAAGGGAUGGCUAUUUGGUGACACUCGCAAGCCUAGCAGUCCGCUGAAUGGACACAAAGAACCAUUCAAGGAAGGUGAGACAAAGGAGAAAGGUCGUGGGAAUAAGUAUUCUUCUGAUUCUGAAGAUGCGGGCAUGAGGAUCAUAACAAUUACUGGUGAUAAUAAAGGUGCUUUCAUGAAGAUAUUCCAAUCACCCCAUAAAAAUGUGUUUCAGGGCCAAAAGAAGGCCAAUUCUUCUAGCGGCAGAGGUGAGGCAGCUGAUGGCAAGAUGAAGGCAAAAAGAAACUUAUCAAAGGCAAUGCCUACGAAUGCAUUCAUUAACAGCAAUGUGCAAGGGAUUAAUAACUCAAUUGUCUACAGUUCUUCAUGCACUCAGCAUGACCCUGGUGUGCACCUUGCUCUCAACACUAAACCAACCCUUGGCGGAUUCCAUGUCAAGGAACACACCAAUGGCUACAACAGCUAG